AUGUCAGACAAGAUGACAGAUGCCGAGGCUCGUGCAAAGGCCGAGAGAGACCGUCCCAUUAUAGCGAAGCUCACACUUGCUCUGACCGACCGUACAACCAUUGAGCAACUCUCUGCCUCCGGUGAAGGAGCCAGAAGAGUUCGACUUCCGGGUAUGCUAGCUCGCCAGGCUCGAGCGGCAAAGGAGGAGCGAGAGGCACGCGAGCUUGCUGAGCAGAUGGAGAAGGAAGCAAACACCAAGGGAGAGGACGGUAAAGAAGUCAAGGGUGAUGACGGAGACGAAACAAAGGAAGAGAAGAAAGGAGAUGAGGGAAAGGCAGAGGAGCAGCAGACUUCCGGAUGA